AAAAAAAAUCAAAAGAGGGAAAGGUUUUGUUCGGGCUCAUAGCUUUACAUAGAUCGCUGCGUUUCGUAACUUAAUUCAAGAGCGCGGAGUGGGGGCGGGAGGGAGGAUCACAUCCUUUUUGGUUUCUUGUUUCUCUGUCCUCUCUCCGAAUUCAUCGAGGCGCCGUCAUGAACGAGAAGGCCUCCAUCUCCAAAGAGCUCAAUGCCCAGCAUAAAAAGAUACUGGAGGGUCUUCUUAAAUUGCCAGAGAAUAGGGAAUGUGCUGAUUGCAAUGCCAAAGGUCCUCGAUGGGCGAGUGUAAAUUUGGGAAUCUUUAUUUGCAUGGAGUGUUCUGGGAUCCAUAGAAGUUUGGGAGUACACAUAUCAAAGGUAAGAUCUGCGACACUUGACACUUGGCUUCCGGAGCAAGUUGCCUUUAUUCAAUCAAUGGGGAAUGAAAAGGCAAAUAGGUACUGGGAAGCUGAACUACCUCCAAAUUAUGGCAGAGUUGGAAUUGAGAAUUUUAUUCGUGCAAAAUAUGAAGACAAAAGAUGGGUACCCAGGGAUACUACCCUAAGGCCAGGUUCAAAUCCACGUGGAGAAAAGAGGCCUGAGUCUUGGCAGGGAUCUGGUGAUAGAAAUGGAAAUGAUUUAAACAGCAAUGUAAAAUAUUCUGAGGAACAGAGCAAGCUUCCUUCUCAUGCUGCAAAGAGAACUGUUUCCGUCCCACAUAAAGGUCCACACCAGGUUUCCUCCCUAUCAAGGACACAGCCGGCCUUGCCCAAGGCUGAUUCUCCACAAUCUCCAGAGAUAGUUCCUGCUAAAAUUGAUGUUCUUUCUGUUAAAAUUGAUGGUCAACCUACCACAGUUGAUACUCCACCUGCAGCAACUCCAAAAGUAGAUUAUCCAACUGAUUUGUUUAAUAUGCUUUCCUUGGAUGAUGCUACUGAAAAUGGAUCAGGAUCAUCUCAGAAUGACGAUGGCGCAUGGGCAGGAUUCCAAUCUGCAGCUGCUGAAAUUACUCCAACUACAGAUGGAAACAAUAGUGCAAACCAAGACAAAAAUAAAGUCCAGCCUGCUCAAGGAAUUGAAGAUUUAUUUAAAGCUUCACCGCCAUUGACACAGCCUCUGGCUCCAAUGAAAUCUCAGGCUGCUGUCAAGAAUGAUAUUAUGAGCCUCUUUGAAAAGUCCAAUAUGGUGUCACCCUAUUCCCUUCAUCAACAGCAACUCGCACUCCUUUCCCAACAACAGGCUUUUCUCAUGGCCGCAACAAAAUCUGCUAGUACACCUUUGACCACUGUUCUUCGUGCCCCUAAUAGUGAUCUCUCAGCUCAAAGAUGGGGAAAUAUUGGUUAUCAAAUUCCAACAUUGACAUCAAUAGUUGGGCAAACAGCCAUCAACAAUGCCAAUCAGUUUGGAAACAUUCAGCCGCCAAGUCUUGUUGGAAAUAAUGGGUCUACUUCUACAACCAACAUGUACUCAUCCCCUGCAUCAUCUGCCGCCCCCAAAGAUUAUGACUUCUCAUCAUUAACUCAAGGGAUGUUCUCAAAACAUUGAACAUUUUUGGUGCGGUAGCCACAGCAAUCACAUCACCUAAAACUGAUGGUCGAUACAUAUAAAAAUAUAUCAAUUGAUAUUUUCCUGCACAUUUAAAUUCUUUUCA